AUGUUGUUUACAACUCAACAGCGACAAGGCGGCCAGAGAUAUAAUCCAAAAGUUCUUAUUGGAAAUUGGCGUGAAGAUGUAGAUCUUGACCAAAUAAGGUUCAAGGAUUUUUUAAAAAGAAGAGAGGGUGGACAACUGGUAGUGCACCAAAUUCAAGAAAAACUCCAGAAAAGUCUAACAACAGUUGGGCAUUCUUUUAGUGGUGAUGGGAAGCUGCAUUUCGGAGAUAGAAUUAUGCUGCUUAAUAAGAAAACCAAUGGGUUCUUAGUAACUGAUAUGGGAGACAAGAUUGAAGGUGAUGAAGGAGUUGCAGUUACAGCAUCGCCUCAGUACAGAUCUCCAGUAGCUCGUUCAGUAUUCAUUCUACAACGAUUCAGUGAAGAUGAUGGUUUUCCUGGAGAUUACCUUCAUUAUGGACAACAAUUUACCCUGACUGUUCACCCUUAUCUUUCUCAAUACCCUCUUUAUCUUCAUUCCUUAGUUGUGUCUCCAAUGAGAUUUGCCAGAUUUUCACGUCACCAAGAAGUCUGUAUGGCUCCUCGUAAAAACGCAAACACUAUAUGGGUAAUUGAACAUUCGGACCCUAAAGUCCGCUUUGAAAUGAAUGGCCAUCCUGUAGGAGCAAAUCAAGCUGUUGUGAUUAAACACAAUUUGACUGGCCAGUGGCUUGCUGCUGACAAUAUAAACUAUAAAAAUGAUUAUGGUAGUGAAUUUGAAGUAUGCUCCCACUCCUUUUUAAAUCAUAAAAAGGCUCAACAAUUAUCAUCAGAAAAGGUUGGAAAAUUAACAGUUGAUAUCCCUAGUAGACAUCAAGGUGAUGAAAAUGUCUGGAUGUUUGUAACCUCAAAUGACCCAAGCGCAGCUCAAGAAAACUUGCCAGCAGAAGGCACUUCAAUUGGCCCAGAGCAGCUUCUCUCCAGAAUCAGACAAGUGCUACUUGAAAGAGGUGGCUAUGGCAUCAGAGGUCUUUCCAAAAUCUUCAAAAACAUGGACGCGAAUGGAAACAGACUUCUAGACCCAGAAGACUUCAAAUGGGGCCUUAUAAAUUACGGCAUAAUACUCAACGACUCCGAAAUUAGCACCCUCGUCUCCUGUUUUGAUCGCAACAAAGACGGAAUCGUCAAUUUCGACGAAUUUCUCACUACCAUCAAAGGCCCAAUGAACAACCGAAGACUCAGACUUGUCGCUUUAGCUUAUGAAAAACUCGAUAAAAAUGGAGACGGCCAAGUCACAUUAGACGACAUCGCCAGAACUUAUGACGCCAGCAGACACCCAGAUGUAGUUUCAGGCAAGAAAACUGACGCUGAAAUCUUCAGAGAAUUCAUCACCAUGUGGGAUACAGAAAAACCAGACGGAAUCGUGACGCUCCAAGAGUUCGCAAGAUACUACGAAGACGUCAGCGCCAGCAUUGAUAACGACGACUACUUUGAAGCCAUGCUCAGACAAGCAUGGAAGCUUUAA